AUGGAGAAGCAGAGAUCUGGGGGUGUAGAUGUGAAGAGAUCCAAAGUACGAGGAGUUUGCAACUCUUGUUUUUGUCCCCUGUACUGUUGCUUUCAUACCUGUGUCGUGGUUGCUCCACUGGAGAAACUGGACUCUCUUAGCAGCGGUGAAGAGAUGCUCCUGGAAACUCACCCCGUGUCACCUCUUCAGAGGCAGGCAGAGUUACAGGGAUCCAUUAAAAGAAAACUGGAAGAUGACAGCUCUCCUGCCUCCAGUGGUGUGCCUGAUGUCAUUUUUCCAAAUGACAGUAAACGACUUUGUCUUGACGACGUAAACCUUGCCAUGGGCCAAGGUGCCAACCCCAACGUGGGGUGUCCGGACAUGCAAAGCUCCCCGUUCUCCACCAGUCACAGCACUCCUUCCCUGGGAGUCGCAGUUCAUUCGGUGCUCCUCGAAAACAACCACCUGAAUGGCGGUGGCAUUGGUUCCCCGUUCUCAGUGCCGCCCAACGCAGAAAUAAAUCAGAAGGCGUCAAUAGGAGGGCAAAACAAUAACAUCGUCCACUACGAUGAGAAAGGAAACAGCUUGCAGUCUGUGGACCAAGAGCUGCAAGAUCUAUUGGAGGAGCUGACGAAAAUGCCUGAUCCUUCUCCCAACGACCUGGAUCUGGAGAAAAUUCUGUGCAGCAAGGCUGAAGAGCCACUUGGGCUGGGUCAUUCCCAAGCAAGCAUAAGUACUACCACUCCGAAGUCGUCCCCACAGACUUCCCACUUGGACAACCACGUUGCUAACAAAGAUUUUUCUCCGGGUUGCAAUCCAGCUAGCGGAGGAUCUCCUCAGAUGAGACCAUCAUCUGCUGGAGCUAACUUCCAGGUUCCUCCCUCAAACAAACCUGCUGCAUCACCCAUCUCUACAGCAGCUCAGAGCAAGAACCAGCCACCACCAAUGCUUCCAGUGCCCUUACCCAACAUCCCUGGCUCCAACUGGCACGCGCAGCAGCUGAAGCAGCUGGCAGCCAGCAAACAGGUGUCUACUACUAAGCAACAGGUACAGGCUCCCAGCUGGCCAACUAUGUCUCCUCCUGGUCUCUCUCCACCUUACAGGGCAGGAUCAUCCCCACACCAUCAACCUUUCAGUCCUCAAAAUGUUAUGGUGUCUGGCAUGCCUGCUAAUAAUUUGCCAGGAAACAACAUUCAGAGUCCUCAAAACACUCUGCUUUCGAGCAUGACUUCCAGCAGCACCCCAUCCAAUGGGCCCUCUCCUCCUUACGGGUCUGAGAAGCUCUCCAGUCCGGCUCUGAACCAGCAGCCCUUCAGCCCACAGAGCUCCAUGCUGCCCACCCUAACAGCAGCCAGUUUACCAGCCAACAACAUUAAAAGUCCACAGAACAACCUGGUUGCCAGCAUGGCCUCCACAAAUACUGGACCUUCUCCACCGUACAGGCCAGAAAAGCUGUCAAGCCCAGCUCUGCAUCAGCAGCCCUUCAGUCCUCAAGAGUCAGCUACUCAAAAGAUGUCACCCCUGACAGCAGGACAAGGACAGCAGUCUCUCAUUCACUAUCUCCAGCAGCAGCAGCAGCAGUCCCCAGCCGCACAGCAGUCCCAGCAGGCGAACAACAGCCAGUUUCUCCAGCAGCAGUUUCGACAGCUGAUGCAGCCCCAUCGGAUGCAGAGACACAUGCAGCCUGCCGCACUGCCGUCUCCAAGCAGACAGGAUCAAAAUGCUGGAAUUGUUGCCAGACUUCAGGAGCCGGGCUCCGUCCCAAGCGGAGGCUCUGUGCCGGCACCAGCCACGGUGAAUGGGUACACGAUGAGGAACCAUUUACUGAAGCAGCAAAUAAUGAAACGACAGCUGAUGCAGGAAAAGACGAGACAACCCAUGCUGGGAGUAACAUCUGAACAGAGGAGUUUGUUUGCGGCCCAGCAGAUAAAUCAGUUUCAAGCCGUGCAGCAGCCCAUUCCCGCCGACUGCAGCCAGGUGAUGCCAGCUCCCCCACCCAACCACCGCAUGCUGCCAUCUAACCCAGCCAUGCUCCAGCACUUGAGGCAGCCAAACGUGCCGAGAAUCCCUAACGUCUACCCCAACUCAUCUGCCCAGAUGUGGACGCCGACCGCGGUGCCAAGAAUGCCAAAUCAAAGCCAAGUGGAUGCCAGCAUGCAGCAGUUCUCCGGGAACACUCUCUUCUCCAAGCAGAGCACGAGGCCCAGCGCGCCAGGCCAGCAGUUCUCCCAGCAGGCUGUGGUGCCCCCUAAUCAGAUCGCUCCCAGCGUCCAGGUCAGACAGAUGCAGAAACUGAGCAUGGGCCAGUCUGGCCAGGGUUUGAGCUCAAUGAGUAAUCAGAGCUUGAGACACGAUUUAACCAGAGGACCGUUGCCAGCUAUGAAUGUUAUGAAAUCAGUGCCACAAGGAGUGUCCGGUUUUAACCAGCUCAAUCCCGCCUCGGGCCUGGGCCCGCCGAGCUAUCCCUCGACGGGGCAGCCGUCCGAUGCCUUCAACAGGAUGAGCGCCGCCGCCGCCGAGCUGCCGCAGUACGACUUUGUGUCCCAGCACAGCAGCUCGGUCCUGCCCGCGAACUGCAGUGACACUGACUUCCUGGACUCCCUCAUGAAGAACAGCAGCAGCAGCAACGACGAGGAGUGGUUGAACAAUCUGACAAUGAUAGACGACAUUUUGGGACAGCACGCUCAAAGCUCCGGACACGUUUAG